GUAGAUACGAAACGCUCUUUAGCUCUCGCUCGCUCGCUCGCUCUCUUUCUCGCUCUCUCGUUUUUUUCGCUCUCUUGUCUUCUUAUAAAAAAAAUAAGUUGGGAAAAGAGGAGUUGCGCAUCUCGUGAGUAUUUUGUCUUAAGUGGCAUCAGUUUGAAGUGAUUCAACGAGCAUUGUCGGCGGUGUCUUUGUUUUGGUCGAAGGAGCGACAAAUCGAGGAAACUUCAAAACUUGCUGGAAAUUCUCCGGUUUCGAAGUGUAAAAUAUAUUGGAAGUUAUUGUUAUUUAAAGAAAAAACAAUAAGUGUUUGCGUAUUGAAAAGAAAAUAUGAUAGUAAUUUGUUUCACUACCGGAAAUUAAUUGUGAAUACCCAGUGCAAAGAAAUGAAACCCGGUUGCUAUUGAAUAGAAAAAUCUGUAAACUAUGUGUAUAUGAUUGCAUCUAAACGACUCCUAUUAGCAAAGGAAUCUUUCGAAACAAGGUCAUCUCAACCAUUGAAGAGACGAAAAAGGAUUUACAAAUACAAAGAAGUUCAUGCAAGACGUCCUACGGUCUUCAACGAAGAAAGCAGCGAAGGUUUCAUACAUUCAAAGGUGACUGCGGGAAUAGGAGGCGGUACGAAGUGACCCGAUACUGAAUAAGGACCGAAGAGAUACAGUGUAUUUGUGCGUGUUUGUGUGCAUGAAUAUUGCCGUAAGUCCAGUGGGAGUUCUUGAAGUGUAACGCUUGAAAAAGAAAUAAUAAGUGUCCUUUGUGAAGAAGAAAUAAGAAAAAAGUAAAUAAAUACAGGCACUUUGACCCUUGGAUCCAACAGGUAUUGUCCCUUGUCACUUGAUUAAAACAGGUGUUCCUCAUUGGCCAGGUUGUUUACGUGAUUACUAUCGACUUUUUUUAUCUGAGCUGAACGAAACGAACAGAUUGUAUUUUGCAGAACUUGGGGCAACAAAAAGUAAACCUUCUGUUUCGAGUUUCCUGUGUGGGUGAAGAAAAACUGAGGAAAAAACGAAAGCAACACAGCUGUGGGAAAAAUAGAUCAUUAAGAAUUAAAUUUUGCACGAAUUUAAAUUGACAUUUUAGGAAAAGUCUGGCAAAAGUAUUCUGCCAAUUGAUUUAUGCGUAUAAAUAUACAUGUGGACUUCUCUGAGCGACUUACUACCAGACAGUGAAGAUAGUAAGGAAGUAUUCGGCGAUCUUCAGGUGAAAAUUUGUAGUAAGAGACUUGCGGCGACCCUGAAGAGAUAGCAGAUAACAGACAGACAAGAGACUCAGUCCCGAAAGUGAGACUCAAGCGUGGAAGGUGAGGCCGAGCCUUAGAAGCCCCCGAGUCCGAAGGAGCCUCCAAAGUGCGUUACAAAAGUAGCCUCCCCUCCUCGACGUCCGCCUCUGCCGCGUAUCCCUACCGCCCACCUCCUCGCCCCCUUCCUCCGCCUCCUAUAUGCAAACGCCAGCGAGUUCCCGUCGUUGCCACCACCUCUUCCCCCUCCUGCGCCGCCCCCGCUCACCCGCCGCCGCCGCCCCCGCCGCAGCCUUUACGCAGAAGGGACCGGGUGUCCAUGUCCUUCUCGGUGGCCCCGGGAUCCUCGUAUGCGGGCGCUUGGACACCUGACCAGGAUUCCGUCGUUUCGGGAUUCACCGACGCCAGUAUAUACGCGUCGCUGCAGAGGCAUCCUCACCAGCAUCAUCACUCCCCGUCGCAGCAGCUGCCCUUCGGAGGGCAGUUCUCUCCCCAGACUCCGAUACAGCAUCAGCAGCAGCAGUUCCAGCAGUUUCAUCCCAAACACAAAAGCUCCUUCGUCGCCCUUAGGAACGUCAAUGCUCGUCCACUCCACAAGAGGGGAAGGCGGGUCAGUGAGAUGACAGCCGGCGUCGGAGGCGACGGUGGGAUGGGGGGGGAGGUCAUCGAAGUGCAGAUCCUCCCCCAAGACGACAACUGGGGUGAUAACACAACUGCUAUCACUGGCAACACGUCAGUGCGGUCCGAGUCAUUCCAGGAUGUAACUAUAAUCGGACGAGACCAAGAGACGGGUGUGACGUUUACCUGUCAACGCUAUGCUGGGUCAGCCCUAUGUGCCCUGGUGGCAUUUUUGGCGUUCUUGAGCCCCAUCGCAAUGGUAUUAAUUCCUCGACUAAACGUUAUCAAGCUAAAGAAUGAUCAUCUCAAAUGCGACUCUGAAUGUGAUGGCCUUCUUAUUAGCUUCUCCUUCAAGCUGCUGAUCUUGCUUCUUGGGUCAUGGGCUCUGUUUUUCAGGCAGCCCAAAGCCACAAUGCCCAGAAUAUUCAUUUUCCGAGCAUUAGUGACAAUGCUUAUAUUCGUCUUUACGUUUUCAUUCUGGCUCUUCUACGUGGUGCGCAUCUUGGAGAACAAGGAUGAGGUUAAGUAUCGCUCCAUUGUGUACUUUGCCGUGAGUCUUGUGGACGCACUCCUCUUCAUUCACUACCUGGCUGUGAUCCUGCUGGAGCUCAGACAUCUCACACCACAGUAUAGCAUCAAGGUCCUCAGGUCACCAGAUGGAGAGAGCAAGUGGUAUAACAUUGGCCAGUUAAGUGUACAGAGAGCUGCAGCUUGGGUUCUGGAGAAAUAUUACCAAGAUUUCACAAUCUAUAAUCCUUACCUAGAUCGUGUGCCAUCAAAGAAGAAACACUCAGGAAACUCCUCUUUCAAGUAUUAUGAUGUUGAUGGCAAUGAAGAAAAUUCAGAGGGUCAUACCAGAGCAGUAUUAACUGCAAGUGCCCGGAGGCGUGAUUCUGCGCAUAACGAGAGGUUUUAUGAAGAACAUGAAUAUGACAGAAGAGUACGAAAGCGCAAAGCAAGACUAAUCACUGCAGCUGAAGAGGCAUUCACCCACAUAAAGCGUAUGCAUGAGGAGCAAGGUCCAAGUGUUCCAAUGGAUCCUCAUGAAGCAGCACAGUCAAUUUUCCCAUCCUUAGCCAGGGCCUUGCAAAAAUAUCUUCGUAUCACCAGGCAGCAACCAAGACACACCAUGGAAUCAAUUUUGCAGCAUCUUGCAAUUUGCCUAGCACAUGACAUGAGUCCUCGGGCUUUCUUGGAAAAAUAUCUAGUAUCAUCUCCAGUGAUUCAGAAUGACAAGGAACACCGUGGAGUUCAAUCAUGGGGCUUGGUAUGUGAACAGUUGCUGUCUCGUCCCAUUGCCAAUGGCACUAUCUUUCAGCUGCGACAAGCUGAUGUAUGCUUACUUUGCACAGUUUCUAGCAUGCCCCAUUUCUCAAUAGCCGAAGAGAUUAUACACCCUAAGAGCAACAAGUUUGUGCUUCGGUUGAACUCUGAGACUAGUGUAUAAAUGUAGAUAACUUAUUUCAAGGAUUACAACUUAUAAAAUGCUUACCAUUGCUACUGAUACUGUUAUGGAAUGCUCUUUUUUUCAAGUUAAUGCCAAAGGUAGUCAACAAAGUGAUUGAUUAAGCCAAUAAUUGGCAAUCAGUUGUGUUCCUAAAGUACCAUGAUACUGUACCUUAAUGGUCUUGUGAUUAAUAGACAUUGCAAGUGUGGUAAUAUGUUUACCUAUUCAAGACUUCUAGGAUGAUAAAGCUUUACUUCUUAUAUACUACUACUACUUGCAUAGUGAAGUGCAUUUGUAACUUGUACUUCCAGUCACAAUACUUUUGGUAAAGUGGUGUCUUGAAUGCAUAAUAAUUAUGUGCUUAGAAUGUUCUUAUGGGGACAGAUGCUGCUGAUGCUACCAAAGUUCUUACUACAAGACUUCUUGGAAAUUGAGGUUAAGGAAAUGUCAUGACCAUUGAAUUACUGAAAACUAAACAUUUUCCUUUAGAUGUAAUGUUCAAACCCUCCUGAAUACUCUUUUGUGUGUACUAGUUGUUCCCUCAUCAUAUUUAUUUGUAAAUAGUCAAGUUCUAUGUCCCAGGUAAAUAUUUUUAACUACUAUUUUUCUUUCAAAGAAAAGGAUACAUCAAAAUCAUGUCAAAUGUACAGUAUUGCAUCAUAAUUACUUAAAACAGCAUCCCAUAUUUUCCUUUACUUACAAAAAUAUACAAAAGGAAUCAUUUUAAUUUUUUAUUGUUAUCAGUACUGAAAUGAGUUUUGUCUGUACUUUACAGAGUUCUGCAGAAGGCAGACAAUAUGCAAUUGAACCACAGAGACUUUUUAUAGACUAGUGUAUAUCAUGAUUAUAUGUUGUAAGAGAGUGAUGCCAUAUGGUUGUAAAUUAAGUUGUUAAGGUACAUUUAUAUGUGGCUGAAUAUUCAACAGUUCAGUGUAACCUUGCAAAUACAAUGAAAUAAGCAAGCAUGUACUUUCUCACAUUUAUGAACAAGCUUCAUUGCUUAGGUUGCAUGAACUGAGGCUAUACACUAUAUACCUCUCGUCUUGAAAAAGAAAAGAUGAGGAUUCUCUUCCAAUGAGAAGUCUCAUGUCAACUUUGUUACACAGGUCAAUUUUCUUGUAGUUCUGUACCUGUGAAGUUUGAUUUCUCAUAAAUUAUAAUACGAUUCAUAAAGACUUUAUGUAGGCUUUUGCUCAAUGAAUGUGUAAUGUUGAUAAACGAUAAUUUCAUAUUGCAGGAUGCUUAAUUUAAAAAAAAAUUUCAUUUUAGAAAUUCUUUUCUAUAUUUAAAUUGACAGUUUACAUUUGGAGUAGAUGAUGUACUUCAAGUCUGCGUUUGGGUAUUUUGUGUACAUUAUUUCAUAAUUUUAGUGCAAUAAUGUAAUUAUUUUGUGGAUAGCCAAAGGAGCAAUUUCAUUCAUGUAUAUAUUUGUACAUACUGUAUUAAUGUUAUUUUUCUAGCUCAAAAAGUACCUUGUUAUUUAUUUCUGAUAAUGUUAUCGCAUUAUUAGCAAACUCUUAGGUGUGAUUAUUUUCAGCAAGAUUCCAUGGUACAGUACACAAUGUUUGAAGUACUACAUGUAAGCCCUUUCCAUAUCCAUAUAUAAUGAGAAGUUUAUGCAUCAUCUACACUUCUUUUGGUGUUUAUUACCAUAGGACUUGCAUAUACUCAAGUAUGUGUUGUUAAUGUAUGUUUAUGUGUCAGCAAAGUCAUGUAUUUUCCAUAAUACAAGCUUACUUUAAUUAUAAGGCACAAAAUGCUUUGGCAGCUCAACCAGCAGAAUUUCUGGGUGACUGAAGACAGUGAAGAACAACUCCCUCUCAGUGAUAGAAGAUGGAGGCAAAUUCUGUAAUGGCAAACACAGAGUGUCAGUCACCAGUAGUCUUUUUUCCUCAUGACAGACUUAAAUUUAGUUCCUGUUUGGCAUGGUUACAAGCCGUUUUCUUUUCAACAAAUUCUUAAACAUUCUUUAGUUACCUCAUGUUAGAAUUAUACAAAAAGUAUGUACUAUAUAGUUAUGUAAAAGCAGCAUAAUUUUCACACCAUAUUUUGUGUAAAUUAUUAUCAUAAUCUGUGGUCUUUUUAGGCAUAUCAUGUUUGUAAAAUUACUUUGUAAAAUAGACUAGGAAGUGCUGUUUAUAUUAGUCAGUAAAAUGUAAAAAAUAUC